AUGCACUCGACACUUGUGCGUCUACAGAAUGUCUUUGGCUUCUUCACCACGGUCGCUUUCACAGUCGCGAGCGUCAUUGCACUGAGUAGCUUCAUCUCCCCACAGAACCCGUCAGCCAGCAUAUCGCUGCAGAAUGUACAAUUGGUAAUGGGGCGGCCGCAUUACUACUCACCCAAGAGGGAGGAAUACGCGCAUAUCAAGUUCGACCUCAACGCUGAUCUCAGCUCGCUCUUCAACUGGAACACUAAGCAAGUCUUCGUCUACCUCAAAGCCGUCUACCCCUCAACACGCGCCUCAGAACCGCCGUCCGAAGCCAUCAUCUGGGAUGCCAUCCUCGCUUCCAAGUCAGCGCCCUGGCACACGGGCUACUUUGUUCACCCCGACAAGAAGUCGAAGCUGCCUAAGCAAUCCGCCAAGAAGCGCGCCGCGUCCAAAUCAAAGACGACGUCGCCCUAUCCCAUCGGCGAACUGCACCUCGAGAACAACAAGCCCAAAUACAAGAUCACCGAUAUAACUGGCAAGCUGGGCAAUAGGACGGAUGUCACAUUGGAGCUAGGAUGGAAUGUGCAGCCAUGGGUCGGCGCAUUGACCUGGACCAACUGGAACACGGUUGGUGCAUGGCGCGGUUUGGAGGGAGGCAGGAGUAAGGCGUUUACUUUCCCCGAGGUUGGUGCCAAGGCGGCAAAGCCCAAGGAUUUGGAGACUGAGAAGGGUGCCGAGGGUUACAGAUUGGUGGUUGGUGAGGAAGUCCCGCUGAAGAAGGCUGUCGUUUAG